UGGAGGCGUGCAACACGAACUUGAUCCAAGGACAGGUAACCCAAGCAUCACUCAUUGUCCGUCCCAUUAGCAUACUGUAUACAUAUAUAUAGAAGUUGGUACUCAGUGAAAGCUGCUAUCACACAGUCGUACCUCUUGCUCAGGACCACAGGACGCAGAAGUCUUCAAAGUGCAGGUUAAAUAUGUCACUUACUUCAAUCCUGUCGGCUGAGGCUAUCGAGAAUGCUGUCAAGGAUUGCCAAGCUCCAGACUCAUUUUGUUUCAAAAAAUUCUUCAAACUUUGUGGUUUGAGUCAGAAAAGUCCUGAAGUGGUGAAGCAAGUCUUCAGCAUCUUAGAUGAAGAUAACAGUGGAAGUAUUGAGGAGGCUGAGCUCAAGUUCUUCCUCCAGCGAUUUUCCCCAGGGGCCCGAACUCUGACAGAUAAUGAAAUUAAGAGCCUCCUUGCAGCUGGAGAUAAGGACGCUGAUGGCACCAUUGGAGUAGAUGAGUUUCAAUCUAUGGUGUUAUCCUGAAAGCCCUCAUGCAGUCACUCUUGAUCCCCAGUCUUUGUCUUACAGCCACAGACACUGAGGCUUCGUUUCAUCCUGCUUUUUACACCAGUUUUUCAAAUUUUGCCUUAAUAAAUGCAUUUGUCUUUUUAAUACAUUUGUCCUGCAUUGACCCCAAAUGACCAAUGACAAAACUGUUCAGGGAAAAUGAAAUAAAGUGAUUAAAACAGCUC